AUGAGCUCCGGUAACUCGCAGCUCCCGCUCCACGCCGGUUGCAACGCGCAGGGCGACGCCGCCCGCCCUCGUCGUCGCUCCCGCUUCAAGCUCUUCGACGUGCACCCGCCGGCGCAAGGCAGCCCGCGCUACGCCGCGAAGAACCACCUCAUUGCCACGAUUGGCGAGUUUGUUGGCACCUUCACCUUCCUCUUCUUCGCUUUGGGAGGUACCAACGUCGCCAACACUCUCGCCACGUCGGUCACUGGUACCGCUCGCAUUGGACAGGGCGGAUACCCUGCUGCGGCUGCCAACACGUCGAGCCUCCUCUACAUCUCCUGCGCUUUCGGCCUUUCGCUUCUCGUUUCGGUCUGGAUCUUCUUCAAAGUCUCUGGCGGGCUCUUCAAUCCGGCCGUCUCCCUCGGCAUGGGCGUCAUCGGAGCCAUCACUUGGCUUCGCGUCGCUCUCCUCGUCGCCGCCCAGAUCCUCGGCGCCAUUUGCGCGGCGGCCGUCCUCAAUGCGCUCAUUCCUGGCCCGCUUAACGCGCAGACCCGUCUCGCUCCCGGCAUGUCCAUCGCGCGCGGCCUCUUCCUCGAGAUGUUCCUCACGGCCCUCCUCUGCCUCGCCAUCUUCUUCUUGGCCGCCGAGAAGCACCGCGGAACGUUCAUGGCGCCCGUCGGCAUCGGACUCGCGCUCUGGAUUACGCAGAUGCUCGGAGUCUACUACACCGGAGCGAGCGUCAACCCGGCUCGCUCGUUUGGUCCCGACGUGGCGGUCGCCUCUUUCCCCGGCUACCACUACAUCUACUGGAUCGGGCCGGCCCUUGGCGCGCUCCUCGCUGCGCUCUUCUACAAGUUGAUCAAGUUCCUCGAGUACGAGAGCGUGAUGGGACCCGACCACCCGGACUACGCCACCGCUCAGGCGACCUCGACGAUGGUCAGCGAGUCCCUCGGUCUCGCUCCCGCUCCUCACGCAGGCGACGUCGGCCAAGGGACUUCUCAAGUCCAAGGACCCGGCAUGAGCGACUACCUGACUCGCCAGCAGACGCGCGGCACGGCCGGCGAGGGAGAAGGAACGGCUUACUCGCCGCCUGGAUCGCCGACGUCGCCUACCAAGACGGUCUCGACCUUCCAAGACAGGUUCGAUCGUCUUGAGGCGAUGGUCGGGCAGCACAUUCGCGAGCGCGGCGGAGGUGAGGAGAGGAUGGGCGGGAACGGAGGCGGUCAGAGGUUUGCUUGA